AUGGAGCUAGGAGGGGCUUUCACCAUCUUUCUGGCACUCUCCUUGUCUUGUCUACUCAUCCUCAUCGCCUGGAAACGGAACAGCAAGGGGGGUAAGCUGCCCCCUGGGCCCACACCAAUACCCUUCCUGGGGAACGUGUUGCAAGUCCGUACUGAUGCCACUUUUCAGUCUUUCAUGAAGCUUAAGGAGAAGUAUGGUCCAGUCUUCACUGUGUACAUGGGUCCCCGGCCAGUGGUUGUUUUAUGUGGACAUGAGGCAGUGAAAGAGGCCCUGGUAGACCGGGCAGAUGAGUUCAGUGGCCGCGGAGAACUGGCUUCGAUAGAGCGAAACUUCCAAGGUCAUGGUGUAGCUCUGGCUAAUGGAGAACGAUGGAGGAUCCUCCGACGCUUCUCCCUGACCAUUCUUCGGGACUUCGGAAUGGGAAAGCGGAGCAUUGAGGAGCGGAUCCAGGAAGAGGCUGGCUUUUUACUAGAGGAAUUACGGAAGACCAAGGGUUCUCCCAUCGAACCCACCUUCUUCCUGAGCCGCACUGUCUCCAACGUCAUCAGUUCUGUCGUCUUUGGAAGCCGCUUUGACUAUGAAGACCAGCAGUUCCUGAAGCUGCUGCAGAUGAUCAAUGAGAGUUUCAUUGAGAUGAGCACACCCUGGGCACAGCUAUAUGACAUGUAUUCCGGGAUCAUGCAGUACUUGCCAGGAAGACAUAAUCGCAUCUACUACUUGGUAGAAGAGCUCAAGGACUUCAUUGCCUCUAGGGUGAAGAUAAAUGAAGCAUCUUUUGACCCACAAAACCCUCGGGACUUCAUUGACUGCUUCCUCAUCAAGAUGUACCAGGAUACAAAUAAUCCCCACACAGAAUUUAAUCUCAAGAAUUUGGUGCUGACCACACUCAACCUAUUCUUUGCUGGCACAGAGACUGUGAGCUCUACACUACGUUAUGGAUUGCUGCUAAUGAUGAAGUACCCUGAGGUGGAAGCCAAGAUCCAUGAAGAGAUUGACCAGGUGAUUGGACCACACCGGAUCCCAAGUGUGGAUGACAGAGUGAAGAUGCCCUACACGGAUGCUGUGAUCCAUGAGAUACAGAGACUGACAGAUAUCGUACCCAUGGGUGUCCCCCAUAAUGUCAUCCGGGACACUCAUUUCCGAGGCUACCUUCUGCCCAAGGGCACUGAUGUGUUCCCGCUGCUUGGCUCAGUCCUCAAAGACCCCAAAUACUUCCGUUAUCCAGAUGCCUUCUAUCCUCAACACUUCCUGGAUGAGCAGGGCCGCUUCAAGAAGAAUGAAGCCUUUGUACCUUUUUCCUCUGGAAAGCGCAUCUGCCUGGGCGAGGCUAUGGCCCGCAUGGAACUCUUUCUCUACUUUACGUCCAUCCUUCAGAACUUCUCUCUACACUCGCUGGUGCCACCCGCUGACAUCGAUAUCACACCCAGGGUCUCAGGCUUUGGCAAUAUCCCUCCAACCUACGAGCUCUGCCUCAAGGCCCGCUGAGUGCCCCCUACUGAGCGUGGAAGGUCGGAGACCAGAGCUCUGUCCACGGAUACGAGUGCACAGCUCACCUCCUCUAAGGUGGAGAGGCGCUCACAACA